AGUGUACAGGAGAAUUUAUUCGGAGUAAAAGAACAUAUUGGAAAUUGUUCAGUGACAACAUAACCAUUUAAUCUAAUAAUUUUGAUUCUAUAUCCAGAUAUUAACAAAUACGGAUAUCAAGAUCUUACAGAUACAUUAUAAGCAAUGGCGGACUCAACUACAGCUUCAGAUAAUUCAGAAUUUGAAAAAGAUCCAGUUGAUUCUCUAUUAGAAUCUGAUGGUCCGCAUAGUACGAACAUCACAGCUGAUCAUGGUCAUGGCUAUCAAAGAGAACUAUUCUUGUAUUUUUGCCUAACAUUUUACAACUCUAAGUACACUGACUGGAGGAUUGGUUUUGAAGUAAGCGACUCCAAAAAAUUUGACGAUAUUGUUAUAGAGUUUGAAAACCAAGAGCAGAAGUAUUCAUACCUUAUGCAAGCCAAACAUGAUUCGACUGAUAAGAAAUACGUGUCUGUCGAACAUUUACUUUCUAAACCAAGCAAAAAGAGUGCAAGAACUAAUCGGGGAGAAAGCAGCCCUACAGAAAUACUGCCAGGGGGUGGUAAUCAACAGAAGAGCAAUUUCAAUAUAAGUCAAUAUUGCGAAGCAGUAACCAGCACAAGAUGGUCAGAGAAUCGUAUUAGAAAAUUCAUGAUACUAACAAAUCAGGACCUAAGACUUACAGUGCCUACACCUAUAUCACACGAUAACAUUCCCAAAACAGUUCAGGAAACGGAUAUAGUCUUCUGGGACAUCUUUCAAGAGAUAAAGAAUAAUUAUGGUUCUAUGAAUGCAACAAAGUUUCCCGAAGCAUUUAAAUUGGAUGAUGGAAAAAUUAUUAGUGACAAAUAUUUCUUAGACAAUUUCGUCUUCGUAUCAAACCUUCCUAACUACCCGGGUUUGACUUCUCAAAAUAAUUUAAUUAUGGAGGAAAAGUGUAAAGGAUUCAAGGUCAAACAAUUUAAUACAGUUCGAGACAAUGUUUUAAAAUUUUUGGAAGUGGCACAAAAUUCUCAAGGAAAAAAUGUGAGGAGUGCAAUGACACAGAAUGAGUUAUUGAAGAUCAUAAGGAACUCUAUAUUGGAAUAUGAUUUUCCAGCAUUUUCUAGAGAGUUUGUCCAUCAAUUUCCAGAAUGGUUGAACUUCUCAGGAGAUGCAUUUAAAGCAUUCGAUAUGGAAAAGACUCUGUAUUUCUGCAAAGGAAACGCUAAACUCUUGGCUUAUAUGCUUUACAAAAAGUUUUCUGAGCAGGAUAAGAAGUCAGGCAGUGUACCAAUAUUCUGCAUUCCAUUCUCAAGACUCACGGACUUUUACAAAGAGUCCCUGAAAGUGUUUCAACAAAAAGUCGUGGUCUAUGUUGAUCAUUGGAAUCCUGAAGUAAACCUAAGCGAAUACAGCAAUGCUAUAUUCGUUUUUCAAGUAGAAGAAAACAAUCCAGAAAAGUUCUCUGAAUGCCAGAUAUGUUCUUUUAAUGACCUCACCCAGGAAGCCAAGGAAGUAUUUCGGAGAUUGAACAUACAGUAUCAGGGAUGCAAUGUUCAGAUUUCAAAGAUAGAACACUUUGAUGUUUUAACAGAAAUUUUGCAAGCAAUGUUCGAUAGGGACCACAUUGAGUUUGGGACAAUGUUACCACUGAACAAUAUACCAAAAUACUACAUAGAUCGCUCAUUUACUACUUAUGAAAGCAAUGGUAGUAAGAUGACGGUUCAGGAAGAUGUAAUUUAUGAGGAAGGCAUCAAUAUCGUCAUUGAAGGACUUGCUGGAGUUGGAAAGUCUUCAGCUAUGCUAAAUAUCGCUGCAAAGAUAAAGAAAACUCAUCCUGAAUUCUUUGUAAAGUUUAUCGAUCUCAAAGUGCACAGUAAAGUUUUCAAAAAGACGAUAAAGGCUAUACAGAAAAAGAAGAUACAGGAGGAACAGUAUGGUGAUAACAUGAUUGAGGAUGCUUGGAAUUUUGUUAUGCAACAUCUUCUGGAAUUCAAUCAGCAGACGAAGAAGUCGAAACUUGAGAAAAUGGAGGAAAUGCUAAUUGACGGUUAUCUUAGGGAAUACCCACCUAAAAUUGUAAUAUUUCUUGAUGGUUUCGACGAAAUUUCACCCCUAUACAGCAACCUGGUCAUUGAUAUAGUUAAAGGAUUACAGAAAAUAAAUAUACAGAUGUUCGUUUCAACGCAAACCCAUUUGAUUCAUUUAAUUGAGGAAUUGGAAUUUGAUAAAAUUUACACUCUGGAGCCCUACGAUAAGAAUAUGCAACGUAAGUUCUUGCGUGAUUACUGGGGGCACUAUCUUGAAAGUAUGAUUGAAAAAGGAGAAGUCCAGAGAGAUGCUAUCGAACCACAAAACGUUGCGUCUUACACCAAGAAGUUCUUCAAAAUGUGCAAUAAAUCCAAAGUAACAGACAUCACACCAAGCAUUCCUUUAAUGCUGAACAUUCUUGCUGAUAUAUACCGUAACGAAUGCAUGGAAUUCUGCAAGAAAACCAAAGAAACUUUCCCUAAGGAAAUCCUGGAAGUGGACGUCUUAAUGGUGUACGAAGAGAUAUUUCAGCUCAACUUCAAGAAAUUCUAUAAAAAGAGUCAAGUAGUUGCUGCUAAUGCUUUUACGGCUUUGAAUAAAGAAAAAGAGGAAAAAGCUGUUCGUCAAGCUCACAUGAAGAUUGCUGCUAAAGAUCUCCUUAGUGAUUUUUGGUAUUUAGAGAAAAGUCCAGACAUUGAAAAGAAUCAGUUUGAAAUCUACGGUAGAGGUUUCAUCACAGGAAACAAAGUUAAUGAAUAUAUCUUUAUUUAUCCGUCAUUUAAAGAAUUUUUCGCUGCGGAUUGGUUCACAAGAAAGGUGUUUCCAGAGGAUACGAGUAAAUUAAUUGAUUUUGAACUUCUCAAGUGUUUGCUGCAAGUGCAACCGAACCAAGGCUAUACAAAGGAUGGAGAGACAAUAAAGAACAAAGACCAACAGACAGAAAAAGUACAGAAAGUUCACAGAGGACUUACAAGUUUCGUUUAUAGAUUUAUGUUGAAAAAGCUUAAGGAUGUAGAAACCAAAAUCAACAAGAAAUGUCAUGAAGAAGAGAUAAAACAAAUAUCAGAGUUUAUUUUAAGUUUCUUCCAUCAUGCUUGGUUCAACAGAGAAGACGAAUUACUGAAGAUAACAUUCGACAUGGCUAAAACUUUCUGUUCUGACCAAGAAGUUAAGGAGAUCUGCAAAGAUAAAAAGUUAUUGGAAAAAGUUCCUUUUACAUCUUCAAAGCAGCUUGAUCUUUCUCUCCAAGUUUACGACUACUAUUUCGGCACUGAAGUGACUAAUGCCAUUAUUAAAGAACGCAAUAAGGAACAAAUAAUAUUAAGUAUUAUAAAAAAUGAAAACCUCAAAUUAUUUGAGAAAUACUCUCAAAUAUUAAUAGACCGAGGCAUUAUUUCAAACGAGGAUUAUGUUAUCAAAGCUUUCGAACAUUUCCGAAAUUACAUGACGAAGAAAAAAGUGUCUGAUUGGAAGUUUGCCAGAAACAUGUUGGUGUGGUUUUACGAUAAUCGUAAUGAGACAGAGGAAAAUAUUCUCAACGAAAUGGAUAAAAUUCUUAACCAAGAGAUAUUCAAAGAACGUCACUUUUUGGGGCAUUCCCUAGCUGCCUUCUGGGAUUGGCAAGAACACAGUGACAACUUUCUGCAUGCAAUGUUAAAUCGAAUUGAAAAAUCAAAAAAUUAUUAUAGAUUUCUCCAUGCACUAAAUUCCAUCACAAGAGAGGACAUUUUGGAAAAAACAAUUGCACUUAUGCGUCAAAAUGGUUGCCAUUUUGUCUGCUCUGACAAAAAAUCUGUCUUAUGUCACGCCUUCGAAGAAAAUCAGCCUUACUUAGUCAAGACUUUGUUAAAAUUGCUCACAGAGGAUGAAGUCUUAGCGCAAAUUGACGAUAAAGUCUGCGGGGGGAACUCCAUAACCAAACAAUGCACAAAGGAAAAUCUCAUUUGCGAGAUUUUAAUCAGAUACAUAUUAGAGAGUUUCGGGUAUGACAAAAUACAGAAAUUUUACACACCAAUCCAAGAUGGACAAGUAGAAAACUCCAUUAGAAGCAACAUUAUGUUUCUAAAUACUGUAUGUGGAAAAAAAAUCGAUGAAGAUAUGCAAGAUAAUAUUUUGGAGAGCUUUGUAAAACAUCUCUGUGAUGACGUUUUAGAAUGUGAAAGACGAACAGGAAAGCCGGGAAAUCUUAUAACUCUUGCAGAAGAGGUUAAAUUUGAAAAAAUUAAAAAUAUUAUUGCUAAAUACGAAAAGUAGAACCUUCGACUUUUAGAUUUAAAAACAAAAUACUUUAGAUUUUUAGCUAAACUUUCCCUUAUUUUUAAAAUAGGUUUACUGAUUGUGCUGUAUUAAGACUAAACAACCUAAACAAGAUAAGGUCCUUGACAGACCUGAGGAUUAGCCGAGAAACGGCUUAGCGUAAUUAUAUUAGAAAUAAUGGUCAAACUACAUUUCCGUCAUUUUCCACUAAGUCGUCUCUCGGCUUAAGUCGUAAGUGUGUCUAGGGCAUAAAAGACUAAUAAAAAAUAAAGCUAAAAAUCAUAAUUGUAACAGUAUAGUGCUCAUUUCGAGUGCAAAAAAGCUUUGAAAAACUAUUGUAAAUAUUUUUAAAAAUUAUGUUUUUGAUUUCAUCACAUUUUAUGGUUAGUUACUUUUUCUAAUUUAAGGUUUAAUUGGCUUCUGAUUUUUUCUAGUAUAUUGUCGAUUAAAAUAAUAAAACCUCCAA